CCCCCCUCCCUUUUCCCCCCUCCCCUCCCCGUCCCGGUGCGGCGCGGUCCAGCGGAGCGGGCGGGAGGCAGGCGUCUGUCACCUUCAGCGGGGCCGGCCCGGGCGGGAGGCAGGCGCGCGGCGGCGGCGCCGCCAUGGUGCUCAUCAAGGAAUACCGCGUUAUCCUGCCUGUGUCUGUGGAGGAGUAUCAAGUGGGACAGCUGUAUUCUGUGGCAGAAGCCAGUAAAAAUGAAACUGGUGGAGGAGAAGGAGUGGAGGUCCUGGUAAACGAACCCUACGAAAGAGAUGGAGAGCGUGGGCAGUACACACACAAGAUCUACCACUUACAGAGCAAAGUGCCAACGUUUGUGAGAAUGCUGGCUCCUGAAGGAGCUCUGAAUAUACAUGAAAAAGCAUGGAAUGCCUAUCCCUACUGCAGAACUGUUAUUACAAAUGAGUAUAUGAAGGAUGACUUCCUGAUCAAAAUUGAAACCUGGCAUAAAUCAGAUCUUGGAACACAAGAGAAUGUUCAUAAACUGGAGCCAGAUGUAUGGAAGAAUGUAGAAGCUAUUUAUAUAGACAUUGCUGAUCGGAGUCAAGUACUUCCCAAGGAUUACAAGGCAGAAGAAGAUCCAGCAAAAUUUAAAUCUGUCAAGACUGGACGUGGACCUCUGGGUCCCAACUGGAAGAAGGAGCUGGGGAAACAGACAGAUUGUCCAUACAUGUGUGCUUACAAACUGGUAACAGUCAAGUUCAAGUGGUGGGGUCUGCAAAAUAAAGUUGAGAACUUUAUACAGAAGCAAGAAAAGCGUCUCUUCACAAACUUCCAUCGGCAGCUCUUUUGCUGGCUUGAUAAGUGGGUUGAUCUGACUAUGGAGGACAUUCGUAGGAUGGAGGAGGAGACCAAGAGACAGCUGGAUGAGAUGAGAGAAAAAGAUCCAGUGAAAGGAAUGACGGCUGCAGAUGACUAACAUGACCUCUUCCUUGUGCACUUUUGCAAGACAGUCGUCAGGAAGGCCCGGGGAAUCCACACUCUUGACUGACGGACCAUCUCUGGAUCAAGCCUUUCUAUAUCCAAUCGGCAGGCGAUUUUAAAUCUCCCAUAGCUAAUUCUAGAUGCCCCUUAAUAUUGUGAGCAAAUAGACCGUCUGGUACUAAGCACUCCAAUGUUAGCACGUAUACAAAGGAGGUAGCUCCUUGGAGACGUGUGACUUAGAGAUCGCUGUAUUUACGACUCCUCCCUCCUUUUUUUUCAUUGUGUUCAGACCAAUUUCCAUGUGGCCCUGUUUGAUUUCCAAGUGGCAUUUUUAGCUAAAAUAGUCUUGUGAUGUGGUGACUUAGAAUUCUUUUUCUUUUUUUUUUUUUUUUUUUUCCAAGUGGGAUAAACUGCCACCUUUGUUCCUGCCCAGCCCUUCACCAUUCUUUGAAUGUCUAUUUGGAGAGGGAAACUGUCAGUAUUUUAGAGUGCAAAACUAUUCCACAAAAUUCUAUGCUCUGAGCCUUGCUCCCAGGGUAAGAAAUUUAAUGGCAUGUAAUCUGAAUACAUAAUCAUGAGUAGCCAGAUAUAGUUCUUGGUCUGCGAUGAAUCGUGAUAUGUGGCUUCUGCACGGCAUUACUUCGUUCUGUCUCAGUAUACAUGAAUUAAAGACUGCACAGAAGCUGCAUUCAGCGUCCCCACGCUAGGGCCUUCAGCACAUAACUGUUGAGUUUCAAUUUAGUGGUACAUGGUCCCUUUGGCCCAUGUAGCUAUGUUGUCCUUCAGCUGUGUGUGUCAGUCUUACAAAACCAUUAUGAAAAGUUGCUUGACAUAUGUUGCAACUUCCUGGUUCUUUAUUUACUAAGACUUCCCAUAACUUACAAAGCUAAAAUUAUUUUGACUAAUAAUAAUGUGAUUCUCCCUGGACAAAUUGGGAUGUAGCAAAAGCUGGUGUACAAGUAAAGUCUUGGUAUCUGAUUACCUCCAGGUGCCUGGGUCGGUGGUUCUGCUCAGCAAUAAUAUUCUUCCCAUUGCAAGACUGACUAAAAUAUCUCCUUUCAUGCUAUAAAAAAGCAACUUAUAGAAAACUGCAGUUGUUUUCUAGGAUAUCUGUCAGUUACAAAUCACAAAUGAUACUGUUAAACAAUGUAAAGAGCUCUGGUUAUUUAAUGAACUCAAAUACUUACUGUAACUAUCCUUAUGUUGGUAUCAGCUUUAGACAAUCAAAUAAGCAGAACAGAAUCAAAGAACUGCUGCUUUAUUAAAUACAUAUGAGAAAAAAAGACAAUUUCUUUGCUUAUGCCUAAGGCCCAAUGUUUGAUUUUUCUUUUUUUUUUCCUAGUAGUAAUCACUUUAUUUUCCACUUCUGCGUUUGGCGGCACUAACACGAAAUACUGAAUGCCAAACACAGUCGUGGGUGUAUCACCACUUUUGAGGAGUCUUCUUGGCAUUCUGUAACACAUCCGACUCCUUCAGCCCUUCACAUUCCUGCAAGCAGGAGAUCCUGAAAUGAUCCCAUGCCACGCUGAACAAGCAUGUGCUGGGAUCUGAACUGUUUUCAGUGCGAGGGAAGAUGAGGCAUGCUCUGGAGGAAGAGGAUGGCGUUUGGUUUCUGGGGAGGGGGCAGUUUAUCCCUUUAUUUUUAGUCUGUUAUUUUGCCUUACUCAUGUCUAAGUGCAAUAAGCUCUGAAUUGUACCAGUAACUCUGGCAGGCUCUUCUCAGUGACCUCAGACGGUUUUGCGGGGUGGGGGUGGGGUUUGAGGGAUUUUUAGCAAUCUCACCAGGCAGAAGUAAAUCAAAUUUAUUGUAAAAUAGGUGAAGAAACUAAAUUUUAAUCUGUGAGGCUAUUUGGGACCAGGAUGUUUUAUGGCAUCUUCUGUAGCUGUUCCAAGAAGUAUUCUAGGAGUGUAGGCCCCAGUUACAGUUCUUUCAGUUUAAAGUAUUUUUAACUGAGAAUUUAUGCACUGACUUCUGUUCAUGUUUGUUGGUUACGUUUUGAGGGAUUCUUACACUUGAGGGCAACCUGAGAAUACACAUAGCACUCUUGUUCUUUCAAUUUGUGUUAUCCAAGAGGCUUUCUACCCGAUGACACUAAUCGCUAUGGAAGCAGAUUGUAACAUUCCACCAUGCAAUCCUUUUUUGAUCCUCUGAUUUCAGAGUAAGAGCUUUUACACAAAGCUUUCCUGAUUAGUGGAAAAACUGGGGGAAAAAAAACCCCGCAGGAACUCCAGCCUGAAUACUUCCCCCCCCCCCCCCCCCCCCCUGCUUUCUUUCCUUCCGAUUUAAUCCAAAGUGAAAGCAUCCCUCAGCCUUGGGAUAGACAAAUCCUAUAAAGAUCUUUGAGUCUCGAUGCUUGGUUCCUGCUAGUGAGCGUAGCGAAGAUCACGCAGCAUUACCGUGCUGUAUCUCUCGUGGGCUUUGGCAAGAACCCCUCAACCCGCCGGCUCCCGGAGGGGUUAUCGCUGGGCUGUUUGUCUGUUCUAGGGCGACGGUUGUGCCGUGACCCUCCCUCCGACCUACGCUGGGUGGGCUCGGGGGUCCUGGGGCAGACGCCUCGCCGCAGCCUGGGUCGGGCCGGCUUGCCGGCGGGGCCGCUUGCCCCGCACCCCCGCGCUGCACCUCGCUGGGUUCAUCCCGCUGGGCCUCCCCGACACGUUCUGAUGGGUUCAUCGCGCUCUUUCCUUUGGCAACACACACUUUGUAGAAUGGGUUAGGUUAUCUCGUUGUUUCUUUAAAUGUGAGUUUGUGCCUUUUUUGUCUCCUAAAUCUUCCAAUACAGGCAUAUUGGAAACGAAAUCUAAUAAAAUACUAGACAGAG